GAUUACAGACGUAAUUUUGACUAUUGCUAAUUUUACACUCAGGUCACGAGUUUUAUUAUAAUCAUUAGUAUUAUUGUCAUCAAAAUCAUCAUCAUAUAUUAUUAUAAUUCCACGCCCAUAGCUCCCGUCGACCUAGCGGUGGUGGACGACUCCACGCUGCAUGGGGCGCGUCGGGCGGCUGACGGUUUGCCGCUGGAGGUGCACGUGGACGUCGAGGUGACAGGGAAACCCGUACGGCUUAGUCUCAAGCGAAACUCAAAACUCGCCAGUGCCAAAGACACCAUAUUCGUGAUACGGAAGUCGCCAUCGGGAAUGUCGACGCUAGUGGCGGAACAUUUAAACGAAAAGGAGUUGUACGCCGAAUACCAAGAUCCUAUAAACGGCGCCAUAUUUACCUUAUCGUGUCCAAUCAAGGACGACGUGAACGCUUCCAAGGCAUGUGACGCCACACUGGAAGGGACAUUUAGGAUCGGAAACGAAGAAUACCGGAUGUCCGUUAUGGAGAACAACGCGCUCAGCCGGAUGCGACGAGCCGUGGAUCUCGGAAGUUUGUGGCGCCGCGCAAAGAAGCUUGCACGGGCGGCGACGGCUUUAAGUAAAGUGUACGGAAUAUACAAAACUGAAUCGACUCCGUUCACGCCUACUGACUUUAAAGUUGAAGAGCCCAUCAUUCGCGGUCGCGUGGCGGAAGCGCUGACCACUGAGCCCCGGUUGUUGCGCGAAAACGUGCUUCCCGGUGACCGCAAGUACAACGUGGAGGUGUUAGCCGUGCUCGAUUACGGACUUUAUGAAAGAUUCUACAAAGCCAGCAAGCUUCCGACUGAGUCUGAGCGCGACAACGAGGCUAAAUACAACCUUAAAAAGUAUUUUUCGCACGUGUUCAAUGGCGUAGACAUGCUGUAUAAGAACAUUGACGACGUCGACUUUACCAUGAGCGUUGGCGUGUCUGGUUUCGUCAUAGCUGACUCCCCCGAAGCGUCCGUCUGGACGACGCCGCACAUCGACCGCACUUCCGAUCGCCACGAGCUGCUGGUCUCCACGCCCCUGGAGGAGCUGCUGCGCUGGAGCGUCGCCGUGCGCAAUUUACCCGAGAACGACCACAUCAUGCUGCUGACUGACUAUGACCUUUACUCAGUCGACAGCGGGGCGAUUGAUAAGCGGACUGCCGGGUACGCCCGGGUUGGCAGCGUGUGUCACAUCGACAGCGUCUCCGUUGUGGAGGACCACGGCGGGUUCCAGGGGAUCAACGCAGCGGCGCACGAGCUCGGACACGGCCUUGGCGGACGUCAUGACGGCGUGUCUAAUGCGUGCGACCCCGCGGACCAGUACAUCAUGACGGCUCACGGGGGGUUUGAGUCCGCCUCCACCAGGACUAAUCCCUGGCGCUUUUCCUCGUGCUCGAUGAACUACUUCAAGCAGUACAUAUCCACCCUUCCCCGAGCAAACUGCCUCACCGACCCCGUCAACCUGUUUGAUCGGACCGAGUUCCUGCAGUAUGUGGAGCAGUAUCCAGGCCAAGACUUCACUCCCAACGAGCAGUGCCAGGACAUACUGGGCCUCGACUCCUUCUAUGGAUGGGGACAGGAAUUGGGAACGUUCAGUUCCAUCUGCAGUGAGAUGUCAUGCAAGGUUCCGGGCUCAGCCAGUUCCUACCGCGUGUACAAGGCGGCAACAGGAACAUCCUGUGGGGACAAACGGUGGUGCAUUAAUGGAGCAUGUGUCUUUGACGAAAAGGCGCCAACAAAAGAUCCCGAGUGCGUCUUCGGGGAUAUAGAGAGGCGGUUCGGGAGUAACCAGUCGUGCCGGGAAUACAUGAUAGAGCGACCAAUGCGAUGCUACCAGUCCUUCUACAGCGCGCGCUGCUGCGACACGUGUGCACGACUGCACACUGGUGUGGCGGACUGCGAGUACGGUGACCAGGCGCUAGGGUGCGACCCACAAGGUUGUUUCGACCCCAGCUACGCCCGCCAAUGCUGCAGCACUUGUGGUCUAGCGCCACAGCCUGUCGUGCGUAACCUGAACGUAACAACAACAUUGACAUCCACUACAUCUGCAGCCACAACUUCGACAACAAGGAAACCUACGACGCCACGCAAUGCUCCUAUCACGUCCACGCUGAGUCCAACGAAUCCAAGAACAACGUCUAGACCUGUGACUUCCACAACUAAACCUACAACGUCUUCGCCCAAACCUUCAGCCUCUACAUCUAGAACUUUCAAUUCAGGAGAGGUAAUUGUUGUCGGAAAUGCCGACCUGACGCCAUCCGGAAGUGGCGGCCAAUGCCUCCGUAAUGACGACACGAUCAUGCUGAUCUUCAAGUGUUCCACGUUCCUGUCCUUAUCAUGCGACAACUUCCUCGUCAAGAGAUCCUGUUGUGAAAAGUGCCCCGCCCCUGGGAAUCAGUUUUGCAAGGACGAAGCGAUUUGUCCAGUGAACUACGCGCGAGAGUGUUACAGCGAACAGAACCGGAAACAGUGCUGUAGGUCUUGCCAAAAGUUCGAGACCAGCGUAUCUGGAUGUGAGUACGGCGACAGGAUCAGGAACUGCGAUUACUACGUUCGCGUACUGGGCUAUUCGGAAGUAUGCAAGAAAUACGCGAGUCAUUGUUGCGGAGUAUGCGGAAACAACAGCUCAACUGCAUUGAGCAAUCAGCAAAGUCAAGGUCGAAACGCAGCCAGUACAGCAGUUGCUGUAGAAGCAAAGUCCAAUAUUGUAUCCGACGCGACUGGACUGUCAGAGGCAAACUCAAUUCCUGUUCCUUUAAAUGACAAUGGUAAAGUACGAGGGCGCGGUAAAGAUAAAGGUCAAGGUAUAUCAAAGGAGAACCCAAAGAAGAUCAACAAGCAGGAUCAAGCUAACGACAUUAAUACGAACACUAUUUUAUUCGGAACCUCUCGUAUACCUUCGAACACAGUUCUUGUCCGAAGGGGUCCAAGACGGAGUAGACAGGGACUGACUUUCGUUUUAAACUCUCCUGAGCAGCGACAGUCGGCCUUUGAUAGUUUGAUUUCAAUGGUUGCCAAUGUCGCAGGUUAAAAGUUUGAUCCAUACAUUGCUGUCUCUGGUCUAUUAGGUAUAUAUGUAUAAAAUGUGCUUAUUUUUUGUGUGUAUGAAUUGAAUAUUCAUGUAAAAGAAAAUAACGGUUCUUUCUAUCAGCUAUCGACAUUUAUUGCAUGAUUAGUAUGUGUAGACUUUAAGUAUUGUCGUCUCAAACAAAGACCCACGUGGUAUCGAUUACACGUGCAUGAUAUAAUUAUAAUAUACCUUCGAUUGUUUAUUGCGUAUUAUAGGUAAAAAAUAAACUUCUUUCUUACGAAAAAAACAAAACGAUUUUUGCCAUUUCGUAUAAUUUAGUGUAACUUUCUAAAGAAGAACAUACCAUAAACAUAAAUUGUCUUCUCGCAUUAUUAUUCGCAUUGAAAUAAUACAUUAAAAAAAAACACAUAUACACGAAAUAUACAUGUAAAACUCUAACAGCACGUCGAACACCAUAAACGUUUGUUCAAUACUAUUAUAUAACAAAGAACAGCGCUGCUAUUAGUUUUAUACUACAACGGCAACACUACACAAAACAUCGAACAAGCAUUGACAAUAUCAGUUAUUUUAAUAUUUCAAGGGAGACAACAUUAUCGACAUACAAUACUUUUUUAUCUCUAGAUUAUUUUCCUUAGAUGACGUGUUCUU